AUGGCUGAAAAGUCUUCAAUUCAUACACCAGGUAGUGCAGAGCCUGUAACUAUCAAAAAGAUUGGAGCAAAAUACAUUGCUUAUUCUCAUACACUAUUUGCAUACAGUGCCUUUUUCACAGCGCUAGGUGUUGCAUGCUACACUCAUUAUCACAAGAUUGUGCAGAAUGAAUAUUUCGGUUAUCCUGAUGAAUGGUUUCCUAGUGUGAGUGCUACCACAGGCGAUAGAUACCCUGCUCGUGCAAUCUUCCAAAUUUUAAUUGCCUUAACAUCUGGCCCAAGAUUUGCGCUCGUCUUCUUGUGGUACUUUUACAUUACUCAUUCAGCAAAGACGGUAUCAAAAGGAUUUGGAUUGGGAUUGUUGGCAGUGGGCAUUAUUCGUACAGUUUCGUGUGGUGGCUGGGUCUACAUUACUUCCACAGAUGAUCACCUCACACACGAUAUCGCCAUGGUCAUUUACUUGUUGUGCACGUUGCCAUGGCAACUGGGCGUGCUCUACUCUAGCUCCAACGACAACCAAGUGGCCGUGAGAUGGAGAAAGUUCUUGACGUCAGCUUUCUUUACGACAUUACCACCCAUGAUCUACUUCUUUAUUCAACACAAGGUUCAACGAAUUCCAGGAGCUUAUACGACCUACGCCUUCUUUGAAUGGUCCUUGAUUCUAUACGAUGUCGCUUAUGAUGCAGUAACCGCUAUUGAAUUCCAAAACUUUGAAUUGUCCAUUGUUGAUAAAACCGGCAAUUCUCCAAUUGCAGAAUCUUCCGUGCCAUUCGCCUCAAAUCCUGAAGGAAGUAUUUCGCCCUCGACAUUGCGCACAUUGACAGCCUUCACAGGGUUCGCCGCAGAGACGUAUUUGGCUUUUGUCUUUUGGUCAAUGCUCACAUCUCUCACCUUGUUGAUUUGGUAUUUUCCUCUAUGGUAUAUGGGCAUUUCUGGCUUUGAAGCCUUCUUGUUUAUUACACUGAUGCCCAUAUUCCUUGGUAUUGCACCCUUGAGACGCUUGGUUGCUAAAUACCGUGGAUUCUUUCACUUUCUAUCAUUGAUCGGUAUCGCUUCUUACCUCAAAGCGGACCCCGUGUGGCGUUUAUCCAUGACCGCUAUUGGUCUUGGCUUGAGUUUGACUACUUGGUGUGCUCAUUGGAUUGAAUCAAACAAACAUACCGGUGACUUGGAACGCUCUGCUCUCAUUUGGGGCCUUGGUUUAGUCAUGCAUUGUGUUGUCAAAUUGGCUUGGUUCACUGAAAACCCCAUCUGGCCCAUUAUGAAUAAGAACAAUGGUGGUUGGAACGAUGCUGGCAUUGUGCUAGGCAUUAUUGCUUGCGCUGAGGUGUUGCUUCGUGAUAGUGCUGUCCGUCAAUCUACCGAGAAUGGAAAGGACUUGAGCUCCUUGUCUGGCACCAAUGCUACUAGACAGUUUGGUAGUUCUUUCAUGGCUGCCUCUGGUUUUGGCUCCCUCUUGUUUGCUCUUCAUUCCAUGUUUACCGAUUCCUCUACCAUCAUGCGCUGGACUGUGGACGGUUAUCCUAAUUAUGGUCCUGAACCUGUGCCUUGGGGCGUUGCUACUAUUGCUGCCUUGGCCUUUGGUCUCUUACUUGCUCCUUAUCGUCGCUUGACCACUAGCUUUGUUUGGUAUGUGGUGGGUUGUGGUGCCUGUGCUGUGUUCUACUGCUACUCUGCUUGGACAGCUUAUUACGGCGGCCUUAUUCUGGGAACAUACUUUGUCUCCAUCACACCUGCUCUCAUUCGCGGCAUCUCUACUCAGUCUCCCUUCAAGACUUUGUUUGGCUCUUUCAUGAUCUAUAAUGUUUUGUGUUUGGCUCAUGUCUGGGUAGUUGCCUAUGAAUUUGUGCCUGGAGGCGUGUAUGCUCGUGAGCGUACCGAUGCCAUCUUGGUCGUCUUGAUGGGCUUGACUGGUUUAGGUGUUUUGAAUGCCAAUAGACAAGCUUGUCUAGAUGUUCAAAAGAAGUUGGCCCAAUUCCACGUAUUGAAACAUACUCGUGCCAUGACUCGUAUGUUUGUUGCUGGUUUCAUUGCUAUUUCUGCUGUUGUAGCCUCCAGUCGUGUCGCCAAUGCAAAGACACCUGUUCCUUAUACUACCUCCGAGAAAUCCUUCACUGCUGCUAUCUGGACUAUUCACUUUGCUCUUGAUAACGACAUGUGGGCUAGCGAGAACCGUAUGCGCGAUGCUAUCCGCGAUUUGGAAUUAGAUGUUGUUGGCUUGCUUGAAUCUGACACUAUGAGAAUCAUCAUGGGUAACCGUGAUUGGGCUCAAUCCAUCGCUGAAGAGCUGGGUUACUAUGUUGACUUUGGUCCUGCCAGUAUGAAGCAUACCUGGGGUUGUUUGAUGCUCUCCAAAUUCCCUAUUCUUAAAUCAGAACAUCACCUGCUACCCUCUCCCGUAGGUGAACUUGCCUGCGCUAUUCAUGCAACGCUCGAUGUCUAUGGUCAACCUGUUGAUUUCAUCGUUAGUCAUAACGGUCAAGAUGAAAACUACAAUGACAGAAUUCAACAAACCACUGAAUUAGCUCGUAUCAUGCGCACAAGCCCUAAUCCAUUUGUCUUCUUGGGUUAUGUUGUGACAAAACCUCAACAAGAAAUUUACCAUCUCUUAUUUGACGGUGGUGAUAUGAAUGAUAUCGACCCUACCGAUUGGGAUCGCUGGUGUGAAUAUGUUGGUUUCCGUGGCCUUCGUCGCGUUGGCUAUGCUCGUAUCAGUCAUGGCGGUAUCACAGAUACAGAAAUUCAAUCAGGUAAAUUCCAGUUGGUGCAAAAUCCCAAGGACUAUUGGAAGGCUUCAUAUGAUCGCAUCCCUGAAUCCCAAGUGCCUCCUGCUUUAAGAUAUCCUUCAAUGUUCUAUGGUGCUGGCGUUCGUGGACAUCGUUAUCAUGUUUUCAACGAGCCCCGUUACUUUGAAAACUAA